GCCAGCGGCGGAAGUAGCCGAAGCGGCCAGAGCGGGCGGGCGGCAAGGCGAGGCGAGAGCUGCACAGGGCCCUACGCGGCCGCCUCAGCAUGUCGGACUUCGACGAGUUCGAGCGGCAGCUCAACGAGAAUAAACAAGAACGGGACAAGGAGAACCGUCAUCGGAAGCGCAGCCACAGCCGCUCUCGGAGCCGGGACCGCAAACGCAGGAGCCGGAGCCGGGACCGACGCAACCGGGACCAGCGCAGUGCCUCUCGGGACCGGCGGCGACGAAGCAAACCUUUGACCAGAGGCGCUAAAGAGGAGCACGGUGGAUUGAUUCGUUCCCCCCGCCAUGAGAAGAAGAAGAAGGUUCGUAAAUACUGGGACGUGCCACCACCUGGCUUUGAGCACAUCACCCCAAUGCAGUACAAGGCCAUGCAAGCUGCGGGUCAGAUUCCAGCUACCGCCCUUCUCCCCACCAUGACCCCUGAUGGUCUGGCUGUGACCCCAACGCCAGUGCCUGUGGUUGGGAGCCAGAUGACCAGACAAGCCCGGCGCCUCUACGUGGGCAACAUCCCUUUUGGCAUCACUGAGGAGGCCAUGAUGGAUUUCUUCAACGCCCAGAUGCGCCUGGGGGGGCUAACCCAGGCCCCUGGCAACCCGGUCUUGGCUGUGCAGAUUAACCAAGACAAGAAUUUUGCCUUUUUGGAGUUCCGCUCAGUGGAUGAGACUACCCAGGCCAUGGCCUUUGAUGGCAUCAUCUUCCAGGGACAGUCACUGAAGAUCCGUAGGCCUCAUGACUACCAGCCACUGCCUGGCAUGUCGGAGAAUCCGUCUGUCUAUGUGCCUGGAGUUGUGUCCACUGUGGUCCCUGACUCUGCCCACAAGCUAUUCAUCGGGGGCUUACCUAACUACCUGAAUGAUGACCAGGUCAAAGAGCUACUGACAUCGUUUGGGCCUCUUAAGGCCUUCAACCUGGUCAAGGACAGUGCCACAGGGCUCUCCAAGGGCUAUGCCUUCUGUGAGUACGUGGACAUCAACGUCACGGAUCAGGCCAUUGCUGGGCUGAAUGGGAUGCAGCUGGGGGAUAAAAAGCUGCUUGUCCAAAGGGCAAGCGUAGGAGCCAAGAACGCCACGCUGGUGAGCCCCCCGAGCACCAUCAAUCAGACACCAGUGACGCUGCAGGUGCCGGGCCUGAUGAGCUCACAGGUACAGAUGGGUGGCCACCCUACUGAGGUCCUAUGCCUCAUGAACAUGGUGCUGCCAGAGGAGCUGCUGGAUGAUGAGGAGUACGAGGAGAUUGUGGAGGAUGUGCGGGAUGAGUGCAGCAAGUACGGGCUUGUCAAAUCCAUCGAGAUCCCCCGGCCUGUGGAUGGCGUCGAGGUGCCUGGCUGCGGAAAGAUCUUUGUGGAGUUCACCUCUGUGUUUGACUGCCAGAAAGCCAUGCAGGGCCUGACAGGUCGCAAAUUCGCCAACAGAGUGGUUGUCACAAAAUAUUGUGACCCCGACUCUUACCACCGCCGGGACUUCUGGUAGAGGUGGCCUGGGGAGGGUGGGGGCAGGGCUGGCUGGAGGCUUCUCUCCCCGCCUGUCCCCCCCUUUCCCCCCUCUGAAGAUGAUGGGCAGAGGAGUGACAGCCGAAUGACAGCCUGACAGCCGGCAGCAACUGGAAUGGCAGCAAUUAAGGGUGGGGGGUGGGGGGUUGGGAGGUUAGGGCAGGGAAGGGACUGGGGAAGUACACACAGGCCCACACAGACACGCACCCACACAGACACAGAGGGAAGGGGUUGGGAUGGGGACGGGCGCACAGCAGGGCGGGUAGGACCCCCACGGCCCCUCCCAAUACAGUCUUUCCUCCCUUAUACCCCUUUUCUCCUCCCCUUCCCCAUGGUAGGAACAUAGCGUGUUUAUAUUUUAUGGCCAAACUAUUUUGAAUUUUGUUGUCCGGCCCUCCGUGCCCUGCCCUCUUCCCUUUGCAGGACCACAGCUCCCGUCCUCUGGUCCUUCCUGGUCCCCGCCCUGGUUUCCCUGGUUUCUGAAGUAGUUGGUUCUCUAUGGCCUUCCCUGACUCGCUCCCACCCUAGUCCCGUGGCCCCUGUCCCUCUCCUCCUCUCUGUGGCAGUUUCAUAUUUGCUAAGACGAAUUUGCUCAUUAAACAUUUUGUUGUAUUUUACUUUA